CUUCGCUCUUCCAAUCAAAACCUCACCCUAUACAACGACGCGUGAGUUACGACGACCACGUGACGCUGGCGAACCAAGUACAGUCUGGAGAAAAGCUUCUGAAGCGGAGAGCUACUGCGAGCAGAGUGAGUUUCAUUAUCAUGUGAAAAAAACCGAGUUCAUAAUGUACAAUUACAAAAUGUAAAGUCACGGAGCACACGUUUGAUAAUCAUUCCUAAUUGCCCAGGUGGUGAGGAAGGUUCCAUUGUCGAAUUCGGCAAGUUUUAAGACACAAUAUUCAGUCUUUAUUAGUCCUUAGGAGAUUCCCACAUUUCUUCAGGCCAUUAUAGGUUUUCAUUGAAAACUAUACAUUAAACCUGGGCCUCCAAUAUGAAAACUGACUGUGCACAAAUCGCCUGUAAUCAUUUACUUCGUCAGCGCAACAUGUAGAGGUUCUCCAAGUGCAUGAGGUCAUGUAAUAUGGCGCAAUGCAUUAGAAAUUUUCCUGACUUGGCAGGAUCUCUCAAAGGCCCAAGCCCUCACACGUACCGCAACCCAUUGGCAGUCAGUUCUGUACUUUCAAGGCCUAAGGAAUUUAAUUGAAAAAGAAAUAUCUGACCUUCGGAAAAAUGGUUUUCUUUAGCGCGUAAGAGAAGGUAACGCUCUUCAAGUAUUUUCUCCUAGUACAACAAGAAAGUAAUCGAGUUUAGAAAAAACUUCAUGAUUGUAGCUUUAAGGGCCAGGAUAAAUUCUCAACUGGCUUCCUAAACAUUUGUACUUCGUUCACACUUAGUUGCCAAUUUACUCGUUCUGGCCACCAAAACUAGUCACCCGUCUGGUUUCCUUUGCCACAACAAUAGCAAUAACAAAAACAAUGAUUAAGUUACUCAGUGAGAAAUCAUUACUUAAAGAAGUUUUUGAAGUAACCUGAUCACUUCAACUUGGAGGCCUAUCUGUCAGAAAUGUGUAUUCUUCCGAAAACAAGUGGUUCAGUUUAAAGUUCGCCUGUCACCAUGAUAGAGGAAUUCUUUAAUAUGUCCGAACAGAAAAGCUACGAUAGCAAGCAAUUUAAAAUGGAUGCAUUACGUCGCAGGCGGUCGGAGCAGUUGAUUAAGGACCAUUUCCGUAUCAAAAGGGGCUCUGCACCAGCCACGCCUUCUUCACUAGAUUUAGAUAGCAGUGUGAUGUGUAGUAGCGAUUGCAAGGAAUGUACCGUUAUCAGUCCCAAGUACAGUCCUGAUGGUAUCACACUGGGAGGAAGCACAGACAGGAUCCCGGAGAUGCCCAACUACUUCGAGAAUCCGAUGGAGAGUGGUGUGAUCGUCCCGUCCGCAUCUAAGAGGCCAAGCUUCCAAGCCAUUGCCAGGCGCCAGAAGAGACGAAGUCUAGAAAAGAUUAACGAGGCCUCCGAAGAUGAAGUAUUCGACUCACCAAUGCCGAGUCCAAGGCUUAAAGAAAGGAAAAGCAACAAGCUUCAAAGGAGGCUUAGCGCCGAUGACGCAAAUGUUCUGUCACUCCGUAACCUUGGCUCACUGGCGAGGUGGAGAGUCCGAGGAAGGAUUAAACCAAAGGUGCCACCGCUUGUGCGGUUUAAAAGAAUUGGACGAGUUGUUCUCAUCUGUGUCGCUUGGUGUCGUUAUAGCUUCCAAAAAGCAGAGGAGGUGAAAGACCAACUGUUGUCUAUCACACAGUUCAGUGACGAGCCCCUCGUCGCUAGCAAGGACUUACUGUUUGAUGUAUCCAUGUACAAGGCCACGAGACAUGAACGAGUCUCACAGGAAGCAAAGCGAAUUUUACAGUUAAAUCCAGAACAUAGGACAGAAAAAGACAUAAAAUAUUUACAAAUAGCUCUACGAAAUAUCAAUGCUUUUGCGGAAUAUCCCAAGAAAAUACAGAAAGCAAUGUGCCAGGUUGGAUGGUGUGAAAGCUAUGAAAGUAAGCGUGCCAUUGUGCGACAAGGUCAUCCUCCAGUAGCAUUUUAUUUCAUCUUAUCGGGAACAGUUGUGGUGACAGUAUACGACAAGGAGGCUCAAGUAGCGCGGACGAUAUGCUUCCUCCAUAGGGGAAUGGAGUUCGGGGAGUUGGCAUUAGUAACGCGGAGCAUACGACAAGCAACAGUUAUCUCGAAGAGUGCUGUAGAACUACUCUGUAUCUCAGUUGAGGAUUUCGAAGACAUCUUCAUGGAUGGUGGAUUGAAGAACGUGCUUGACCCGGACCACCUGAAAUUCCUCAAGAAUAUCUCGUUCAUGAAAAACUGGCCAUUGGAAAGACUCAGCGAUGAACCGAGGAAGUGUCUCUUUCACUACUUCAAUCGUGGCCAAGUGCUUGUUAGGGAUAGUAACUACUCUGAUUGGAUAUACAUAGUGAAAUCAGGAAGUCUGUCAGUGAUGAAGAAACUGAAACAAGUUCGGCCGAACUUACACGAGAGAGUGGAGGUGAACACAGACGACGAUGACAGUCCAAGGGAUACUGAGAAGAAAAAACAACUUCCGAAAAAAUCACCCGACAGACUGCCGCGAACUCUUUAUGAAUUGGAGAGACAAAUGGAAAAAUCACUGCCUGGUAUCCACGACCGCCGAGAGAGACUGGGAACCAUAGAUUACGACACGAUCAUAGAACAACGAGUACAACAAUUCAGGGAAUUACGUCAUCAACGCCAUGCAGUGCUGCCGUCUAUUGAGAAAGUGGCACAGGAACCCGAACCCGACCCAGACAAGAGUCCGGAUGUUGUCUUGGAUGAGCUGUCCGAGGAAGAUGAAAUCUUAUUUGAAGAGAAUCCCCUAAUAACAAAAACUACCAAGGGUGCGUUCCUCUCGACUGGUAAGCGAAAAAAGCCUGUCUCCAAAUGGAAGAAGGAAAGGAAGAAGAUGAGUAAGAACUUACAGGCACUAGAAGCAAAAGUAAAAAAAGGUGACGACACGCUCGGACGCAAGACUUUAGCAGACGACCUCGACAACAAACCAACAAUCUUGCCAUUCGGACGUGAAAAGGCCACGGAGGCUGAUCUCCAUCCAACAUUCAUCGUGGUCCAAGUCCUUGAGAGAGGGCAGUAUUUUGGCGUGGGCCAGAUGGUGUUCCGGGAGCAAACGAGCCUCAGCAUUGUCAGCAAUGGCGCAGAAUGCAUCAUGAUCUCGAAGAAGUUUUUCAAGGAGCACUCAAACGAUAUGAUCAUGCGGGAUCUAAGGAGAGGGGAAAUACCCUAUCCAAUGGAAGAAGAAAUGCAGGCGAAUCUUCAAAACUCGGUCAACUGGGAAUCCCACCGGGCUAAGACCUACAACACAAUCGCCGAAAUAGUCGAAGCCAGGAAGUUACGAAAACGGCAACUUCUUCCCCUGAGCAUUGAGAGCAUUCAUAAAUUUGGAAAUACGUGACAAGACAUGACUCGAUUUGUGUUGUCUCCCUAAAUAGCGCGCUGCAAAGGACCCUUAUUGUCAAAAUGCAUCACAGGUACAUAAAAAUAGUUCUUACUGAUCUAUUAUUAGAUGAGUGUUGUCAAUUGGGCUGACGUUUUUAUCUUCAUGUGCCUGUGAAUGCAUCUAUAGUCAUUAUGCAAACCGGAUACCAAGAUCAAUAUAAUUGGAUAAAUUGCAUAUAUGGAUGUAAACAUGGAGCAGGUUUUGGUAAAAUUGGUUUGGUCGAAAAGGCCAUUUUACUUCAUGAUAUUGGUUUUUUUGCUUAUUCCCAAUAAAGAUCAUGCCGAUCCACCGUCGUUGUGCGUAUAUCCAUCCUUCACCGCCGAUAACUCCCCCCUGAUCGGCCGUCAGCACUCAGUGACCUUUGUGGGCAUGUUUUC